AUGAAGCGACCGAUUGACUCCGCCGGCGGCGACAAUCGAGUCCAUCCCGAAGCACCGAGCUGUAGCAGAGCGCACUGCCUCGCCGGCGACCGUCCGCACAGACUCACCUUCCUCCCGCACUCCCCGGCCCUGCGUCAGCUCGGCCGGCCCAGCCUUCCGCAAGGUGCCGCGGCCUCCCCGCAGCCCAUCGGCAUUCUGGGGCCAAGCCGGCCGAGUCACGAGCUCGCUCUCAGGGCCGAGCGGCGUUCGAACGCACGCCCUCCGCCGAGCCUCGGCGGGAGCGAGCCGCGGGGGGAGGGGCGGGCCGGGAAGGGGCGAGCGCGCGGCCUCCCGGCCCGGAGCCCGAAGUGGCCCAGCUCUUUCCGUGAGCGCUGUGGUGGCCCUUAA